AUGGUAGUCAGCAUUUCUGCCCGUUUUCAGGCCACCCAGCGGCUGUCGGCCAAGAUCGAACAUUCCAACGUCAACAUCUCUUCGGCUGAUGCUCUCGUUCUUGCUAAAGCCAUCGAAAAGGACUUUGCAAAACUCGCAACUUCCGAGGAUCAUUACAAUUCACUGGUCGCUGCCUUCGAGCCAGAGGAGCCUCAAAGUGAUGCCCCACAGGAACUACCAGCCGUAACGGGCAACUCUGCCCCCAAACCUCCCCAAUUGGAGGCCGCUGGGGAUGAAUUAACCCACAUCUCCUUUGGCAGAUACCGUAAUUGUAAAGAACACUCAAUUGGCGGAUCAUCAACAAUCUUCAAGUCAAGGGAUCCUGUCACCAAAGAACUUGUCGCCUUGAAAGUGAACUCCACAUGGGUCCAACCCCACGAUGCCUACCGAGAAUCCCGACUUCUGAAGCGUCUUGGGGGAGACGAAACUCACAUUCUGACAUUGUUGGAGACGGAGACCCUUCGCGGCGAGUUCAUCCUGGUCCUCCCUUAUUAUCCGCUGACCCUGGGAGAUGUCAUGGUGAAGGGGAGAUCGAGCCACUUACCCCGGAUCUUCAAGCAAGUUGCGAAGGCUCUAUCCUUCGUCCAUGCCAAUGGCGUGAUUCACCGAGAUAUUAAACCUGGAAAUAUCUUGUUGAAAUCCGAAGAAGGUCCAGCAUAUCUAUGUGAUUUUGGGACGGCCUGGGCGCUGAAUGACCACCAUCCGGAUGAGACAGCUGACAACAAAGUAAUUGAAAUUGGAACGACCUGUUAUAGGCCCCCGGAAACGCUAUUUGGCUAUCGAGAAUACGGCACAGAAGUCGAUAUCUGGGCGUUCGGUUGUGUUAUCGCAGAGGCCGAAAACGGCGCUCCACUCUUCGAACCUGGAGAGAUGGGAACCGAUCUGAGGCUUAUUCUGUCCAUUUUCGAAUCGCUGGGGACGCCGGACCUGAAAACAUGGCCUGAGGCAAACAAUUUUCCAGAUUUUAGCAAGAUGAUUUUCAAUGAGUUCCCCCCUCAGUCAUGGGAGACACUCCUUCCGAAUUCUGGCCCUGAAGUGCUGGAUCUGAUCAAAAACAUGGUCACUUACAGCCAGGGAAAAAGGCUUUCAGCCGACGAGAUCCUGAAACACCCUUAUUUGAAGUGA